GCCCCGCGGCCGCGCUGCGGGCGGCGGCGGCGGCGGCUCCGAGGAUGGCGUACCUGCAGUUGGAACCAAUAAAUGAGGGUCUACUCGCUAGGAUCUCGGAUCUCUUGCUGUGCCGAUGGACUUGUAGAAAUUGUUGUCAGAAGUGUUUCGACUGUAGCUGUUGUCAAACAAGUGAAGAUGAAGUUGAAAUCCUGGGACCUUUUCCUGCUCAGACUCCUGCCUGGCUGAUAAACAGCCAGAAUGAGGACAAGGAUGGAGACUCUGAUAAUACGAUCAGCGAGUUGCCUCCUACUUUCCAGGAUACUUCCCCUGACAGACGACGGUCGUCCUCAGAUACAUCACGGUCCACUUACAGCCUCACGAGGCGCAUUUCGAGUUUAGAGUCAAGGAGGCCAAGCUCUCCACUAAUUGACAUCAAACCUAUUGAGUUUGGAAUUAUAGGAGCUAAAAAAGAAAUAGUGCAGCCAAGUAUUCUGCGAAAAACCUAUACCCCAGAUGACUAUUUUAGAAAAUUUGAACCAAGACUGUAUUCUCUUGACUCAAACAGCGAUGAUAUGGACUCCUUGACGGAUGAGGAAAUCUUAUCGAAGUAUCAGCUGGGCAUGCUACAUUUUAGCACUCAGUAUGAUCUGUUGCAUAAUUACCUAAUAGUACGAGUCAUCGAGGCUAAAGAUCUGCCUCCUCCCAUCUCUUAUGAUGGUUCAAGGCAAGACAUGGCUCAUUCCAACCCUUACGUGAAGAUCUGCCUUCUUCCGGAUCAGAAGAACUCCAAGCAGACGGGAGUGAAACGCAAAACCCAGAACCCGGUGUUUGAAGAGAGGUACACUUUUGAAAUCCCGUUUUUAGAAGCCCAAAGAAGAACUCUGCUUUUAACCGUAGUGGAUUUUGACAAGUUCUCACGCCAUUGUGUUAUUGGCAAAGUGUCAAUGCCCUUGAGCGAUGUAGACCUUGUCAAAGGUGGACACUGGUGGAAAGCCCUUGUUCCCAGUUCUCAGAAUGAAGUUGAGUUGGGAGAGCUGCUGUUGUCAUUGAACUACCUACCCAGCGCAGGAAGACUGAACGUAGACAUCAUUAGAGCCAAGCAGCUGCUUCAGACAGAUAUGAGCCAAGGCUCAGAUCCCUUUGUGAAAAUCCAGCUUGUUCAUGGGCUGAAGCUAACGAAAACCAAGAAAACCUCCUGCAUGAGGGGGACCAUCGAUCCCUUCUACAACGAGUCCUUCAGCUUUAAGGUGCCACAAGAAGAACUGGAAAAUGCCAGCUUAGUAUUUACAGUGUACGGCCACAACGUGAAGAGCAGCAACGACUUCAUCGGCCGGAUCGUCAUCGGGCAGUACGCCACGGGCGCGCCCGAGUCCAACCACUGGCGCCGGAUGCUGGGCUCCCACCGCACGGCCGUGGAGCAGUGGCACAGCCUGCGCUCCCGGCAGGAGUGCGACCGCGUCUCCCCCGCCUCCCUGGAGGUGACAUGAGGAGGGCGCCGGCGGCCGCCGAGCCCGGCCCGGCGGGCGGAGGAGGAAGAACCACCCGAGAAGAGCAAGACCCGCCCCGCGCCCUCGCACGCACCCGCUGCCGGGCCGCCGCGGCCGGCCGGGCCGGGAGCCCCGCCGCCGUCUCGUCCCCCAGCGGGCCGGGGCCGAGAUGCGCCAGCCGGGGGCCCGGAGCUGGCGGCGGGGCUCGGAGCCGCCUCCGCGGCCCCAGCGGUCCCCGGCCGCGGCUCGUGUUCUCGGAGAUAUCAGUACCUUGUGCUCUCGUUGGUGAACGUGGUGAUUAGGCUAGGAUAUUUUUUUAAGCGGUAGACUGUGGUGAAGUCGAUUCCCACGCUGGUUUUGUCCUUGUGCUAGUGACAGUUAGCCCCCGUUAGUGCGUCCGCGUGCGUGCGCGCGCCGGGGCGCGCGUGGCUGUACGCUCGCGCCGAUGCAGCCGCGCAGCGGCCGCCGCUCCGCGUAGCAGCCUGUGUGUGUCGAGUAGAUACCGUCACGAUAGAGCAAACGUUGCCGAUAACAUUUGUACGGGGAAAGCCAGCCCGUGGCUUUUAAAGCCUACAUAAAGCCUACGGCGGACAGAAGAGACCCGCUGUGGGGACUUCUGCAGUGAGGAACACCCAAAAUCCGCAAUUUUAAUUUUCCGACAGACUGCAGCGGCUUUUUCCAUGUCUUGUGUGUUAACCAAGGUAGUUUUCCGAGUCACCAAGUGAAUGUAGCUACGGUCAAGCUGUCUGCUUCUGUACAUUUUUUUCAUAGCGUGUUGUCUGAUAUGAUGCAGGUGGUAUAUUUAUUGAAAAUAAAUCUAUUUAAUUGUGCCAUGUA